UUUGUUGUGCUAGUUAAAAUUUCCAUCAGAGGCGAGAGCUUUUAUAGCAUUGCUGAGUCGUUGGAGGGCUUAACGACUUGCAAAGCUAUUCGAGUGCAGAACCCAAGUGUUUCACCUUGGGAUCUUGGUGACAAGGUUCAGCUGCUGAUUCCAAUCAAAUGCGCCUGCCCGUCUUCCUCUGAGCUCGGUCAGCAAACCAAGCUUCUGAUUUCUUAUCCUGUGAGUCGAGGUGACACCAUUUCAAACUUGGCCUUGAAGUUCAAUGUCACUCCAGUGAACAUCCUCUCUGCAAAUAACAGAUCCGGAACAAGUUUCAAACCAGAAAGGCUAGUACCAGUUUCUACUCUUCUGAUUCCACUCAAAACCAAGCCUGUUUUUGGUUUUUUUGUGAAACCUCAGGAACCCAAUUUAGGAUUUCCAUCAACCACCAUCCCUAGAAUCAAUCCACACAAGAGGAAGUCGAAAAUGUGGCAGAUUGGACUUUAUAUUGCUCUUGGCGCAUCUUUAUUUGGAGCUGGCAUCGUAAUUGCAGCAGCCUUCUUGGUGAUUCAAUGGAAAGCAAGGACGAAAGCGAAGAAGAAUAUGGAGAUUCCAUGCAAGAUGGUAGAUUUGGAGCUUCAACAACUCAGCCUAAGCAUACGAACCACGAGCGAGAAGAAAGUCUCAUUUGAUCAGGGCUCCCAAGACACUCUUGAUGGUCAGAUCAUCGACGCCACACCUCACAAGAUGGUGUUGGAGACAUAUACCAUUGAAGAGCUAAAGAAGGCAACUGAGGACUUCAAUUCGAAUAAUCUCAUUGAAGAAUCUGUGUUUCAUGGCCGUCUCAAAGGCAAAAACUUGGCAAUUAAGCGUGAAAAAACUGAGAUUGUGUCAAAGAUUGAGUUCGGGCUUUUCCAGGAUGCAACUCACCACCAUCCCAACAUAAUAAGGCUGAUUGGGACGUGUUCAACAGACGGUCCUGAUUCAUUUUUGGCUUUUGAGUAUGCCAAGAAUGGGUCCCUGAAGGACUGGCUUCAUGGUGGGUUGGCGAUGAAGAGCCAAUUCAUCGCUUCAUGCUAUUGUUUCUUGAAUUGGAAUCAAAGGCUCAAGAUCUGUCUUGACAUAGCCACGGCCUUGCAGUAUAUGCAUCAGAUUAUGAUUCCAAGCUAUGUUCACAGAAACAUAAAAAGCAAAAACGUUUUUCUAGAUGAAGAAUUCAAUGCAAAAAUUGGGAAUUUUGGCAUGGCAAGAUGCGUUGAAGACGGUGUUGAUGACAAGGCUUCUUGUUCAAGUGAUCCUAGGUUUUGGAGUAAAGGGUACUUAGCACCUGAGUGUAUCCAGCAGGGUACAACAUCCCUGAGCAGCGAUGUUUUCGCUUAUGGUGUGGUUUUGCUUGAGGUGUUAUCUGGGAAAACACCGAUAAUUAGGGACGAUGAGAAAGGGAAAGGGAGUGUUUGGCUAUCCGAGAAAAUUAAAUUGAUAUUAGAGUCAGAGAAUGCAGAGGAGCUGAGGGAAUGGAUGGACAACACGUUGGGUGAGAAUUAUUCGUUUGAUGCAGCUGUCACGUUGGCAAAUCUGGCGAGAGCUUGUGUGGAGGAUGACCCGGGGUUGAGGCCGAGUGCGGGAGAGAUUGUGGAGAAGUUGUCAAGAUUGGUCGAAGAAUUACCACAAGGAGAGCAAUUCUCAAUCUCUGCAAUGGCCUCAAAACCUCUAGUCAAGGCUGCUAUAAAUUAG